GAGGAUUCAGUGUUCAACCCACCGAACGUCUGCAUCGCUGCUUGUCAGUUGCCAGCAGCACACACAUUUGACAGCCACUGUGCGCUACCACUGACUUUUCUAUGGUGUGCGCCGUCUGGUGCUCGCCGUUGUCUUCGCGAUUCGCGUGUUGUGUUCCGUAUUUUUAUCACGGUUCAUAACUGUGAUAUUGUUAUGAUUAUUAUUAUUUGUUUAAAUUAACAUUAGGUACUAUGUAUUUUUCAUUCCAAAAUUAAAUUGUUCUCAUCGUGUCGCCGUGAUACACGUACUAUAAUACCGUCGUUGACCGCACGUGUGUUAUUAUUAUGGACAGUUUAAUUUCGACCGGACGAGCGGUCCUUCUCGUACUUUUGAUAUUAUGUAACUGCUAACGGUUCCCUUGUAAAUUAUUAUUAUUAUUUUUAAGUUCUAUUGCCAUCAUGUCGUUUGCCGAAGACGAAUCAUCUGUGAAGGUUGCAGUUAGGUGAGAAGAUCCUAUUAUUAUUAUUUGUUUUAAAGCGAAACGCUUUUCCAAAUGUAUAUAUAUAUUUAUUGGCCGUGUGCCCAUAUUAAAGGCAGGUGCAAUCGUAUCGACAGUGAUGUAAAGGGUAAUACGAUCUCUAGUAACAUGGCUGGACAAUAAUUAUAGUUUGGCCUUCGGUCAAUAUCUACAAUACUGUGACUUCUAUAGGUACCUAGUAGGUAUGUUUUCUAUAGGUACAUAAUAAAUCCUUAAUGAGCCACAUGGCCUUCACAAUUUAUGACAAAUUCCGACAUAACCCAUCUCUAUGAAUGACUAGGAGUGGCGAAAAAGUGAAUUUUUUAUGUGGGGGAACAAGUGGUUUUCCCCAUAUAUGGUGAUGGUUGCAUAGGUAGUUUCCUUUUUGUUUAUGUUUUGUUUUUACAUCUACUGAGGUCAUUGUUUUUAAUAAUAUAAAAAUACCUUUUUCUAUUUACCUACCUAUACUGAAUAAAUAAUGACAAUAGCCCUUAUUACAUUGAAUAUAAGUACCUACCUAUUAUAAGUAAUUUUCCAUUAUGCUAUCAUCUAUCAUCUGACUUUCUUUUUAUGACAUACUCUUUGUCUUUACAUUGAUAACAGUUUUUUUUAUUAGAAUACGGCCACAAAUUGCACGUGAAGUGAUUGAUGGCUGUCGUAUUUGUACCAAUGUAACCCCAAAUGAACCACAAGUGACUUUAGGUUCUGAUAAAUCUUUUACCUAUGACUUUGUGUUUGAUACACAUGAGAACCAACAAACCGUGUAUGAGAGCUGCGCAUCUAGCCUUGUCGCUGGUGCUUUGCAAGGGUACAAUGCAACAGUCCUUGCUUAUGGCCAAGUAUAUUACAAUAAAUUAUAAAUGUUGUAUAUUUAAUUUUGACCAUACAUUUUUUUUAUCUAGACAGGAUCUGGUAAAACUUAUACAAUGGGUACAGGAUUUGAUUUGGAAAAUAUUGAUGACACAGAUCCAACCACCAUAGGCAUUAUUCCACGAGCCAUACAUCAACUGUUCGAUGGAAUAAAAACUAUAAAACAACAAUCAUUGGAUGUUGGUGAUCCUCCUCCUCAUUUUGUUGUUACUGCACAGUUUUUAGAACUAUACAAUGAAGAAAUUAUUGAUUUAUUUGAUACUGCCAAUGAUUAUUCCAUAGCUAAAGUACCUAAUACCUAUAUAUUAUUUAAUAAUUAGGUAUAAUUUAUUUUAUUUUAUUGUUUUUCUAGACUAAGAGCAAUAUUCGUAUUCAUGAAGAUAUGCAACAUAAUAUUUAUGUAACUGGGGUAUCAUGGAAACCUAUAAAUUCAGCUUCUGAAGCAUUGUCUGGUUUACGUCAAGGAGCUCUAUCUCGUACUACUGCAGCUACAGCAAUGAAUUCACAGUCGUCGAGAAGUCAUGCAGUUUUCACAAUUAAUAUUCAACAAAAACGAUUUGUGAAACAAGAGGUACUUAUAUAAAGUUUUUUUGGAUAAAAAUUGUUUUAGAAAAAAAAAUUAAAAUUUUAGGAUGAAGGCACUGAAUCUACUUUAGAAGAAUGUAGUACAAAUUCUACUAACAAUCAAAAUGCUGGUGAAUUCGAAAUUCUUACUGCUAAAUUUCAUUUUGUCGAUUUGGCUGGCUCUGAAAGACUAAAAAGAACUGGUGCUACUGGAGAUAGAGCCAAAGAAGGAAUAUCAAUCAAUUGUGGUUUAUUAGCAUUAGGAAAUGUUAUAUCUGCACUUGGUGAUAGGUCUAGGAAAGCCCUUCAUGUGCCAUACAGAGACUCAAAACUAACAAGAUUACUUCAAGAUUCAUUAGGAGGUGACUGUUGAAAAUAUUAUCUCCUAUAGAAGAUAAUAUAAUUUUGAUUAUUUACAGGUAACAGUCGUACAGUAAUGAUUGCAUGUGUUUCUCCGAGCGACAGGGAUUUUAUGGAGACAUUGAACACAUUAAAAUAUGCUAAUCGGGCACGUAAUAUCCAAAACAAGGUAGUAGUGAACCAAGAUAAGUCAUCAAGAACAAUUCAACUUUUGCGUCAAGAAAUACAAGAGCUUCAACUAGAAAUUAUGGAAUAUAAGCAGGUAUUGCACCACUAUAAUUCUUUUUUGUUCAAUUGUACUGAAUUUAAAACAUGUCAUAAUAGUUUGUUUUAAAGAUUAAACUAAAGUAAGUUUCUUUAUAAAUUAAAAUGUUUAAAUACAAUAGGUAAUGUUUUCAUUUUAUUAUGCAUAAUUUUCUAGACAUUUUUCUUUUACUAUUUUUUUUUUUUUUUCAUUAAAUUAAAAAUUUUUAAAAAUAUUUAAAUUUCAAUAGAGUUUAUAUAAAUUACAGAAACAAUGUUUGUUUAAUAACUUUCAGUUUCAUUAAUAUCCCUAAGAAUAAGUUUUUAUCAGUUUUAAUGUAAAAUGUUUUUGUUAGGGUAAAAGAACUGUAAAUGAAAAUGGAGAAGAAUGUGUAAACGAUACAUAUCUUGAGAAUACAAUGUUACAAACUGAAUUAAGUAACAUGAGAACUCGUAUAAAAGCUAUGCAAGAAACUAUUGAUGUUUUGACCACCAAGAACACUCAAUUGUUAGCUGAAAAAGCUACAGGAGCAUGGUUAAACACGGAAGCUGGUGUAGAAUCUAACAUGACUGAAGUUAUUCAAGAUUAUUUAAAAGAAAUUGAAGAGUUACGAGCCAAAUUAUUAGAAUCUGAUCAUAUGUGUGGUCUACUACGUAAGAAUACUUCUUCACCUAUAAAAAAUCAUUAUGUGAAUCGUUCUAACAAUGAAUAUAGUUCAAAAGAAUUAAUAGAAAAGGCAAAACAAGAGGUAGAAAAUGAAAAACAAACAUUGCAACGGUUAAUAUCAGUGAAGUCUCAAGAAACAGAAAGCGAACCUUCAUACUCUGAUGGUAUUUUAUUAUUAUUAUUUAUUUUUUUUCUAUGAUAAUAUACAUAUUGGACUGAAUUAAUCCUGAUAAUCCGGUGCAUUAAUUUUGGCAUUGGUCUGACUGGUCGUAUUACAUGUAUUCAAAAGAAUUAAUAUUAAUUUUUGUUAUCGUAUUUAUAGUGGUAUAACUGUGCUAAAUUUUCGAAAUCUGACAAAAAUAUGUUGAACUAUUUGUUUAAUAGAUUGUAUGACUUAAAUGUUUCACCAGUAAUAUAAAUGAAGAUUGUAGGUGAUGGCUAGAGAUAGUAAGAAAAAAAAUUGUUGUAUUGAUAUUUUUGUGAUAUCAAUUUUGUUUUCAUUCAUAACUUUUUUCUUUUUUGGUAUCAGUCAAUUAGUUUUCACAAUUUAUAUGCAAUGCACAAUGAAUUUAAAAUGAUAAAAGUAAUUACUAAGUUAAUAUUUUAAUAAUGUGACGUGUGUGUUUGAUUCAUCUUAGAUGUACAUAGUAUUCAUAAACUUUAUGACAGGUUUACAAUUUCCAAUAUUAUAGACAAGAGCCAAAAUCAGAAAAGUAUUUGUAUCUUAUAUGUAAAACAAUUGAACUUAAAGAUACUUAAAAAUAGAAGUGUUGGGAAUAUCAAAAAUUUGCUUUAAUGCACUAAGUUACAUUUUUUAAUGGUAACAGAAAAAAAGACUUGAUUCUGAUCAAAUUCAAUAUAAUAAAAAACAAUAUAGAAUCUAACUAAAUUUUAUAAAAACGAAGGCAGACCAAUCACAGAUAGCAUAUGCUAUGGCAUGUGUUAAUUAAAAGAUAUAGUUGGCAAAAAAAUCCACAGCAAGUUACAUUUGUAGAAAAUGCUUACUCAAGUGUGUAUGAAUUAUUAUCACUCAUAAAUCAAUAGUACUGAAAUACUUAAUAUUUUAUUAAAUUUGGCCCAACCCUCACAAAGUAGACAAUUUUCAGACUUCAACUACGCUGUCUUUUGUUCAAUAAUGAAACCAAAAAAUAUUUGAAUUAUAAAUAUUUUUCGGAACGAUAUAUAUAUAUAUUGUCAUAUCAAUAUUCAGUUUUUCGAGGUUAAGAAAAAUGUUGCUAUUCCUAAUGGUGGCACAUUCAACAGCAUCAAUUUGACUUUACCACCAUUUUUUCAACACAUAGCCUAUAGCUUUCAUUUAAAAUUUGUUUACACCACAAACUAUUGUUAUUGUUCAUUUUUUCCAUAAUCAAACUUAUACAUAUGUUGUGUAUAUAUUUUCAAUGUUUUUAUUUUCCAUUGACCAUUUUCCGGUUUUACAGUCUUUCUCCUUUUUCUUGUGACUCAUUUCUUUGUACCAGCUCUUUGUGAUUUUGCUUGCAGUUUUUUUGCAGGAGAUAUAGUAUAGCUUUUUAGUCAACAGAGUUAAAAGUUUUUUUUUUGGUAUAUUGGUGAGUCACUGAUAUUUUAAAUUACUGAUAAAUGCUAUUUACUGAUUACUAAUCGAUUUGGUAAGCAUCAAUAACCACACGGGGAAAUAGUUGAAUAUUUUCAACUAUUUGACUAUUUGAUGUAUUAUAUACAAUAUCAGUUUCAGUAAUCAGUUUUACAGAUAUCAUCAUAAGAUGGAAAUACCCCUGUACUAUUUUAUAACAUGACAUGAACAUGCUCCCUAUAUUCCAACUAUUUCGUGUCCAGUACAAUAUAUCUUAUUCCAUGCUAUAUAUUGUGUCUAUUUAGCAUAAAGUAAACGAGAUACGCGAUCAGUAAAUUUUGAACACCUCUUUUAUAAAAAGUUUAAUAGUAUUUCCCAAAAUAAUGUAGGAAGUAGUAGUAGGAAGGGCUAAUUCUCUGUUCUAAACUUUAAGUUGUUAUAACUCAUAAAUAGUGAAUCUGAUAUUAGUGUUAUGCAUAUCAACAUUUUUAAAAAAAUUCUGUAUUCAAAUCUGUGUUCAAAAGGGGGGGGGGGUUCAUAUUUGAAAAUCAAAAGUAUGUACUUAUUUAAUGUAUAUGGAGUAAAAGUAAAAAUUAAAAAUGGUUUUAAAAUAAAGCCUAAACGUUUCCAUAAUGAUUAGAAAAAACAGAAGUAAUAUUCACUUAAAAUUUUCUGAGAUAAUUGCUGGUUCAUGAUAAAAAAAAUUACCCUUUAUACAUACCAUUGGUGUUAAAUAGACAGCUGCUACUUUAAAUGCCCAUGGCAAUCGCCCACCUUAAAUUUUAAAAGAUUAUAUAUUCUUUUUAUUAUUAUUAUUUAUAUUUAGCAAGUGAUGACAAUUCGUCUGAUGAUGAAAAUGAUAGAGCAAGUGUUGAUAGUCAGUAUAGUCAAGAGUUAGCAAAUUUGACGUCAGAAAUAAAUUUAAAGCAGAAACUUAUUGAAGAAUUAGAACUAUCCCAGCGUAGGCUUGCUAAUUUACGACAACAUUAUGAAGACAAACUUCAACAAUUACAAACAAAAAUUAAAUUAACACAAGAUGAACGUGAUACAGUUCUUUCUUCUCUUGGUAACUAGAACAAUAUAUUAUUUUAUUCUGUUAAACAAAAUAAACUUACUUUUAUUUAAAAUAAUUAUUGUUUUAUUGUGAUUAAAAUUGAAAUUUCAGGUAAUAAUAAUAAUCAGUCUGAAAAAGUUAAAAAGGUAAAGGAUGAUUAUGAACGGAGAUUAGGUACUAUGCAAAAAGAAUUAAAAUCUUUGCAAUCUGCUAAAAAAGAACAUGCCAAACUUUUAAGAGACCAAUCUCAGUAUGAAAAUCAAGUACGAACUCUUAAAUAUGAAGUAAAUGAUAUGAAACGCACUAAGGUAAAAUUAAUGAAUAAAAUAAAAGAAGAAACAACUAGACAUCAUGAGGCAGAAAUGAAAAAAGCUAAAGAAAUAGCUCAACUAAGAAAAGAAUCAAGAAGGACAGAAAUUAGAAUGAAAAACCUUGAAUCUAAAUCUCGAGUUCGUGAUGCUGUACUAAAAAGAAAACAAGAAGAAGUAACUGCACUUCGUAGGGCAGCGAGAGUGAAAAAUAAUAACAGGACAGGUGCUGUUGGUGCUCAAGCUAAUCGGAAGAAUUCUAAACAAACGUGGAUUAAUUUAGAAAAAAAUAUCUCCGCUUUAACACUAAACAAACAAACUUUAUAUUCUUUAGAAAAAGACAUGGAAAGGUAAAUUAUUCGUUGUAACUUAACUUUUUUUCUUAUUUUAAUUUAUAUAAAUAUAUUAUUUGAUUUUAGACUACUAUUAGAACGGAAAAAACUACACUCAGAUUUAGAUUUUAAACUAAAAAAAUUUUCUGAAGCCCAAGUGCAACAACCUCGUGAUAGUAAUUUACAUCGUGAUUUUGAAGAUGAAAUUGAAGCAAUUAGAGCUAACUUAGAUUAUGUAGAUGAUAGUAUAAAAGAACUUCAAGAAAAUAUAUUACAAGUUGAAGAUUCUAAGGUAUUUUAUUUUUUCCACUAUUUGUGUUUUUAUUUUUGAUAUUAUUUUUUUUUUUAGGUUGUAAGUGAGAGUUUAGAGUUAAGUGGACAAGUAAAUACCUUAACUGAUGCUAUAUAUGUAUUGGAUAAACUUUUUCAAAUGUCUUUACAUAAUUCCUGUUUGGCAGCCCAGAGAGACAUAAAUGUGAAAGAAUUAGAAACUAAAAUGCAACAAGUAAUACUUUUGGAAUAUAUUAAUUUAAUUUAAAACACUAAACUGCAAUUUAAAAUAAAAUAAAUGAUCAUAAAUAAGCAAAAUAGAAUAGCAAAAUAUUCUUUUGGUCCAUUAUAAUGUUCAUUUGUUUGGUUUAUAGUGUUUUGUAUAUUUACAUUGAAUAUUAUUGUAUUAAUUACUCAGUAUUAUUAAUAUAUUGUUUAUAAGAACAUUAAAAAUAGUUAUAAAACUGGUUAUAAGUACUAAUUUUUUCUAUUCUUUUACAUUUAAUUGACUAUCUUUUAUAAUAAUUUUAAUAACUUAUUUUAUUUUUUGUAAUAUUAAUUACCAAUAAUUGUUGUUUCAAGCUCGAAAAAGAAAAUGAAAUACAGAGACAAUUAAUUGAACACAUGUUAUCCAGUCGAGAACGUAUGAAUGAAAUGCCUACAAGUAUGACUACAAGCAGUGACAGAGAUAUUCGAUCUAUUGUGAGUUCUACAUCUUCAUCACGUUCUACUUCUCCUUCUGAUAUGGUGUUAGUAAAGAAUUGUUUUACUUUAAUUUCAUUAAUACUAUGAAGUUUAACUUUUUAGUAGUCUACAAUUGUAUUAUUAAUUUAAUACAUUUAUACAUGUUAUAAUAUCAGUAGUAGCACACAUUCCAAAAAUGAUAUUGGAGCAAGUAAACAUAGACGUAGAGCUGCUCAAGCUCAAGAACUUCUGUACGUGUCCAAAAGUGUGGAACAACAAAAUUCACGAGGACCCCUUGUACGUGUACCUCUUGUACGAGUACCAAGUGCUUCUUCUUUUCUAAGGUAUUUAAAUGUUGAAUAUUAUUAUUGGUAAUUUGAUUUGAAAUUGUGACGACAGUUAUUUUUGUUACAUUAUAGUAUAAUAGUUAUGAAAUAAAAAUAUUAAAUUUAUAUAUCUAUAAUAUCUUAAUUUUAGACCUGAUAAAUAUAAACCAUCUCCAGUAAUGGGUCGAAAACAAAUUGAGAGGCAGGAAUCAGUGUCUCCUCGUCCCAUUAGGCGAGGCACUUUUAUCAUUGCUCCUAAUACAAAUUUACUAGGCAAACCUGGUUCAAUGUGAGUGCUCUUACUAACUAUUAACUUUUUGAAAUUUUAAUACAAAAAAAAAAAAAUUGUUUUAUAAGUUAAAAUAAAUCAACUAAACAUUAUUUAUUAUGCUUCAUAAAACUCCAUCAAUAAAUUAACUGUACUAACUCAUUGGUGCUGGUGCUAUUUUCAAUCUAACAGGGACCGCUUAAAUAAAAGCCCUCCAAACUCUCCACCUACUUAUCGUCGAGCAAUCAGCCGUGAUGAAAAUGUAUUUUCUCGUCUUACAUCAAGUACUACUCAAUCUAUUGAUCCACACCGGUCUAAAGGAAUAAUACAACCAUACCAAGGAAAAGUAAGUAGUACUGAUUAGAAUUUAAUUCUGUCUUACUUAGAAUUACUUUAUAAUUUUAGACUUCAAUGAAAACACCUUUGGUAUGUACUCAUAUCACAGAAGGUCAUUCCAGAGCAGUUCUAGCUGUUUAUGCCACAGACGACAUACUAUUUAGUGCUUCAAAAGGUUUGUUAAUUAAUCUUUUGUAAACUCUUGAAUAUUUUAUUUAAAUUACUUUUUUAUUAGAUAAAACUGUAAAAAUAUGGGAUCUUAAUAGUGGUAAAGAAAUUCAAACACUUGCUGGUCAUCCAAAUAGUGUUGUUGCAAUUAAAUAUGAUGAAUAUACACAACUUGUGUUUAGUGUAACUUCUUCAUAUGUAAGAGUUUGGGACAUGCGACUUUCAAAAUGCAUUAAAACACUCAGGUAAUAUUAACUAACAUUAAUUUGGUGGUGGGAAAUUACUGUUUAACAACUCUCAAUAAUGGAAGUUUAAUGGAAUUGACUUUAAACUUUUUUUUAGAUAUUUUUAUUACCAUUGAAAAUUGAUAAUUAGUACUUUAAUUUUACAUUGAAUUGUUACAAUUAUUUUAACUAAUUUUCAUAACCUAACUAACCUAUAAACUACCUUAAUAUUUAAGGUUGUUUAAUUUAUUUAAUUAGACAAGUAAACAAUUUUUCUCGCUCUAUGUUUACAUUGUGAUAUUCUAAUUCAUAAUUAUAUCCAAAGUUUAAUGAUAUUAAAACAUGUUUAUACUAUAUUUUUUUUAUAUGAACAUUUAGUAACUUUUAACUAAUUAUUAAUUUAAUUUGUUUAGCUCAUCUGGUAUUGUAAAUAAUGGAUCAGUGAUGUCAUCACAAAUUCCAGUUGGAGAAAUAAUGUUGAACGAUAUCGCACUCAAUAAUUAUGGACGUGCAUUAUAUAUGGCCUCUGGUGAUAAAGUGAAAAUUUGGGAUAUGAGAAAGUAAUUUUGAAUGAAAAUUAUCUAUACGACUUUUUUGUAUACAAUACUAUAAUAUUUUGGUUUUAAGAUUUACGGUUCGAGGAAAGUUGAUUAGUGGUCACACAGCUGCUGUUAUGUGUUUGGCAGUUGGUAGAUUUGACAAUAAGGACAUUAUUGUUACUGGUUCUAAAGACCAUUAUAUUAAAAUGUUUGAAGUUGAUGAGGAGGCUGUUGGAACAUAUAACCCUACUGUUAAUCUAGAACCACCACAUUAUGAUGGUAUACAAACUCUUGCAAUACGUAAUCAAAUAUUGUUUUCUGGUUCGAGAGAUUAUGCCAUCAAGAAAUGGGAUCUAGACAAACAAGAAUUAGUUACUGUAUGUAAUUUUCUCUUGGUAAUUAUAAUAGUGUUAAUAUUAAAUUGUAUUAUUUAUUUAGUCCAUAAACAAUGCUCACAAAGACUGGAUUUGCGGAUUAGCUCUUGUUCCUGAUCAACCAUUACUGUUAAGUGUCUGUCGCAGUGGAUCAUUGAAAAUGUGGUCAGAAUCAUCAUGCUCGCUCCUCGGCGAAAUGAAAGCUCACGAUUCUCCGAUCAAUGCAAUCACCACAAAUUCAACACACGUCUUUACUGCAGCUCAGUAUGUGUUCAUAAUUCUUAUUAUAUUAGUGUAUACAAUAUGUAGCGGUGGUAUGGUGGCGGGACAGUUUUGCAUGUGGUUUGUGUAUGCGAUGAUUUCAGCCGUGGAGAAGUGAAGAUGUGGCAAGUGGCACAAAAUAUCUCGUUCCCAUCAACCAUGACAAUGUCUACGGGACGUAUGUUCAAUCUGGACAUGUGAAUAUUUAUUACAGUUGAAACAAUUAGGUGUGGGUUCUUUUCAAUACUCAGUUGCAAUGUUAAUGUUAUAAUUAUUAUGUUUAUGUUUAUUUUUUUAUUUAAUUUAAUUUUUAUUAUAUUAUUAUUGGUUUUGUUUCAUUCAAUUUUAGGUUAAAAAUUUGAGUUUAUUAGUUUCUUUUUUAAUUUUCCUUUUAAGUGAAAUACUUUUUAUGUUGCAUGCUGCAUGUCUAUUAUUUAUUAUUAUUGUUAUAUAAUCAUUGUUUAUUAUAAUAUAUUUAAGUGUUAAAUUAUUAUUUUAUUAUAAAUUUAAUUUAGGGUUGGUCAUAAUUUGUUUAUAAUUUUUAUUUUUAAUCAUAUUGUUAUAUAUUUUUAUUUCGGUGGUGUAUAAAGAAAAACUUUAAAAAUCUCGUCACACCACUGAUUAGAGAAUUGUUGUAAUUUGUGGUGACUUGCCUACCAACACCUAACCACCUAAUAUUUAAUGUGUUCACGUGUUCACUUGUUUUUCACCUUUUUUUUUUGUAGUUUAUUGUUAUGCAUUUUCUUCGAAUAUUAAUUGAUCUCUAAAUUGUUUUGUUUUGUCCUUCUAACUAUUAUUCAGACUUAAAAAAUUUAUUUUCAUUCUAUUAUUGAAAUAAUUGUCUUAAUAUUAAAAAAAAAAAAAUUGGAACUAUCUUAAUUUUGAUUAUUUUUAACAAUUUUCUUAUUUUUACCAAGUUUUCAAAUACCUUUGGUAUAAUAAUUAUGUUAAUGUGAAAAAUAUCACGUAACAGAUUAUUUUUAAAUAUGAUACAUUUUUAAUUGUAAAACAAGGUUAGAAAAAAUAUGUUCACAAUCAUACCAACCCAAUAUUAUAUUAAAAUUAAAUCAAUAUAAUAAUAUUCUAUUAAUUAUUUUAAUGACCUUAUGUUCAAUGUAUAUAUUGCAUGAUGCCUUGCAUGUUUCACAUUUAAUCAAUAUUUUAUUUAACUUGUUAUUAGUUAUUAUUUAAUAUUUACAGUGAUGGAACAGUGAAGUUGUGGCGUGUAAAAUGUCGUUUAGAUACAAUGGCUUGACGGAUAAUCAUUUGUAUUGCUGCCAUAAUCCAGUACAUCGGUAUACUUGUAUUAAUAAUGAUCGUGUUAAUUUUCGAUCUAAUAUCUUCGGUGCAUGCCAUGUUUUGCCAUAAACCGAAGAAAACAAAACCUUUUUAGUGAUCUGUGAUAUUUAUCUAUUUUGAGAAUCUCUUUCCAAUGAAGGAGUAUUCCAGUGUUCCUUAAAUUUUGGUUCCAAAGAUGUUUAUUUUAUGACAAAAACAAUAUUUAUUAUGGGUAGGGUAUUAAGUAUUAUCGUUUUCAUUAUAAUUAUUGUUUACAACUUAUUUUUAUAAUUAAAUCCUAUAAAUUAUUUUUUUUUAUGAAUAUUAAUACUAAAAAAAAAAAAAAAAACUAAUCGCAUGCUCUAUAAUUAGAGAACAAAAACCGCUCAAUUUUAUUAAACAAAUAACCAUCUAGUAUUAUUUUAAUAAUAUUUGGUAAUGAUUAUUACAAUGUUUUAUUAAUAAAUUUUAUGUCUGUAGAAUCACGUUAUAUUUUUAUUUUUACUAGAUAAUAUGUAAUGUUUAAUCAAUUGUAAUGAUCAAACGUAAACAAAUGUUAUUUUUACUAUUUAUUUUAAAACAAAUCUGAUCAAAACAAAUAAUGUUCAAACAUAUAAAUAUAUAUAUAUAUAAAUAAAUAAAUUAUUAAAUAUGUUAAUUUAAUUGUAUGUAGAUACCUACAAAAAAAAAAACAUAGUAUAAUAAACGUAAACAAUAAAUAAAAACUACCAUUAUACAUAAAUAAAUUGUACAUUAAAAAUAAGUUUUAACUACUACAAAGAUAUUUGGUUUUAAUAGAUUGAAUGUUGUUUAUUUUUAAAAUAUCACAGGAACUAGAAAUAAUGGCACUCAAUGGUUAACUGUUUUGAGUAACGAAUACAUGGCCAAAAUUAUUGUAUGUGUACGUACGGUUGAGUAUUAAUUCUUUUAACUUUAUACCUGAUAUAACCUAAAACAUGAAAUAAUAUAUUAUAUUAUUUUCUUCAAAAUAUUACUAAAAUAUUACUUGUAAACCAUGGUUAAGUGCUACCAUUGAAAAUACAGUUUUAAUUGUGGCAUAUGGAGGUAAAAGUCUCAAUUGCAUGCCUGAUACCAUGGUCCAUGCGAGGUUACUAUCUUCUUCAUCACUGACUUCAACAACAAAUUGCAUGUCACGAUUUCUAAAUCAACAUAUUAAUAUAUAUCUAUAUCUAUAUAUAUUUUUUUUUUUGAUAAACUAUUUUCAAACUUACCUAUUGUUUUUUAUUGAGCACGUGAAGUCAAAUUGUUCUUCACAAAAAACUGUAUCGGGUAAAUAUGUUAUAGAAAAUGUUAUAUCAUCUAAUUCAGGAAUCUAAAUAAAAAUAUUCAAAAUACUAUAUAAACUUUUUAUGAAUCCAUUUAAACUAAGAAGUAUGUUAUUUUGACA